GUUGAGCUCGGACGCUGGAAGAUGGUCGCGAUGUGAAGACGGAGCUGCCAAGAUUCCCACGUGUUUUGGAGGAGUCAUUGCCAAAACAGAAAUACCAUGCAGAGCCAGGGUACGGCCACGAAGAAUAGGUUCAUGAACAGCAGAGCAUCCGGAAACAAAGCCUACAUUCCCACCGAUAUGGAACACAUUGCCAACGUCUUGACUCAUGCACUUUCCGUGAUUCCUAGUCUGAUGGGCCUGUUCCUCCUGCUCCAGCGUUCCAGCGACAAGCGCAAGUAUUUCAGCGGUUUCAUCUACGGGGCGGCGCUGGUUGCCCUUUUCCUCAUUUCCACCACCUUCCACUACGUCUUUUACACAAAAAGGUUCAGGUCUCUCAAAGAAAUAUUGCAUGUAUGCGAUCGAGCAGUCAUUUACAUAUUCAUAGCAGCUUCUUAUACACCUUGGCUGGUAUUAAAAGAUGUCGAGAGGAAUUUUUGGACUCAAAAUAUAAGCUGGAUUGUAUGGACAAUGGCUGUUCUGGGAAUUAUUUAUCAGUAUUACUUUCAUGAAAGGUACAAAACAUUAGAAACUCUCUUUUACAUAGUCAUCGGCGUUACACCAGCCUGUGCAAUGUUUUAUAUGCAUGAAUCUUCUGGCAUGUGGGAGCUGUGCAUCGGAGGCGUCAUCUACAUGACCGGCGUGGUGUUCUUCAAGUGCGACGGGCGCAUCCCGUGUGCGCACGCCAUCUGGCACUUGUUUGUCAACAUCGGGGCCACCUUUCACUUCUACGCCGUCUACAAGUACCUCAUUAACGACGAAGACCAGAAUUCUGUGCCAACACAGAAGGAAAUUCCAUCUUGAUGAAGAUGAUUGAUUGGUGAUGGCGAAACGCGUGACGUGAGCAUGUGACGAAUUCUUCA